AUGGUUGAAGAAGAGAGUCCAAAGGCGAGUAAACAAGACGAGAACGCUUCCGACUCCCAAGAAGAUUCAAACAAAGAGAAGAGUGUGGAUGUGUCUGUGGAAACGGAAUGUAACACUCCUAAAAGAGAAACGGCGCCGCUAAAACGAACCAGAGGUGAAUCAUCGGUGACUAUUGUUGAUUUGGUGAAAUCCCCAAAAAGACGGAAGCAAUCCAUUGGAAGUACUCCGUUUUCUCCUUCGAGAACUCCCAUUAACGGAAGUGUGCUGGAUAUGCAAAUUGGAAAGCGUCCAGCGAAUUCCCCUCUCCCGUCACCUAAGCCGAUCGCUUUAGUCACUCCCCCUCAAUCCCCGUUGCGGCGUUUAGUGAAACGAGCCAACGAUCUGAUUCAAAAUACGAAUUCGUGCGAAAUUCUCUCUUCUCCAGGCCAUUCCAAGAGUGUUAGUACUGCUAGUCUGACCUCUCCACUGAAACCUAUGUUAUCAUCUUCAAAUUCUCGCACCAUGAUUGAUUUUGUUAAAACAGGAAACUUAGUAACGAGUUUCUCAGAACAGCUGCUUCACCCAGAGUCAUCUCCAAGUCCUACAAAAGGUCGUGUUCUUUUUCCAGAUUAG